AUGGGGGAGCUUCGAAAAAUUGCAAACCCAGCUCCUAUCGAAGCUUUUGAGACCCGGGUCACGCGCACAAGUCUUGCCGAUCCUACCUCCUUCAAGAAUACCUCCUUGCGGUUCUUGCCAAACCCGACCUUAGCCACCCCUCAAAUCAUCUCGGCCUCCUUGCCGAACGGCAAGGAGCAUUAA